AGGUGAAGCCCCUGUCUUGAUCCCAGAGAAGCAGAACAGGUUGGAGGCAUGAUGAUGGGAUCGUCUCUGGAUGCCUGCACAGCCAAGGUGCUCCGGCUCUGGGAGGAGGUGGGUUUCCCAGGCUGGCACGGACACUUGGAUAUAACAGGCCUGCCUCGUGUUGCUUUCACAGGGCUUUCGGGGCAUGCCAGAGCAAUGACAUCGGAUGCGCUGUCUCAGGGCAAUGUGGUGCAGGUGACCCUGUAUGGUGCUCUGGUCCUCCUCUGCCUGCUGGGCAAUAGCCUGGUUCUCCUAACGGUCCUUGCCAUGACUGUGAAGCAUGGCACCAUGGCUGCCUCUGACCUUCUCCUGGCCAACCUCUCCACCGUCAACCUCCUUCUCACAGUGCUGCGGAACACGCUGAUCUUCACAGCUGACCUGGGGCUACAACUCUCCUUGUCCGCCGCUUGGUGUAGGGUCUUCAUGUUCACGUGGGUGCUCUUGAGAGCUAUGAGCACCUGGGCCACUUCCGGCCUGAGCAUCUUCCAUUGCCGUACCAUAAGGAAGCAGCAUCCCCUCGGGGCUAGGGAAGCCAGAGGGGCCAGGGAUGCAGCUAUCGCUGUGUCUGCCCUCUGGAUGGUGAAUGGGUUGUACUCUCUUCCUGCCUUGGUGUAUUCCAGCCACGCGGCUGGGAAUACCACUCUCCCCCCGAUGCUAGUGAGCAGUACCACCAGGCCUUUGCUGGGCUGCACAUGGGCUUUCCCUUCCCAGCAGAGCGGGCUGGCCUAUGCCACGGCUUCCUUAGUCAUCCACGAAACCGUGCCCGUGGUCCUGAUGCUGGGCGCCAACGUGUACACCUUGCACAAACUGAAGGGGCACGUGAGAGCCAUGGGGGUUGAGAACGGGGUGGCCAGGUUUGCCUCUGAGCGGAGAGCUGCCAAGGUCAUCCUGGCCCUGGUCAUUCUGUUUGUGGGCUGCUGGGGGACCAACACGCUGGCAGUCGGCUACCACAGCUUCACCAGCUGGCCUGCCGCACCCUUCCUGCUUCAGGCUGCAAAUUUCUGUGCCUCGCUCUUCCUGGGGAUGAGCCCCCUGGUAAUCCUGGCAGGGCACAGCCAGCUGCGAAGGACGCUCCGGAGAAUGAUCUGUGCGCGCUAAGAGGGUUCCGGGCAUGGAUGCAACAGGGACACAGGGAGCUGCAAACUCCUGCCAGAAGAAACUAUCCACUGGAUCCGUAACCAUCAAAGCUCUCUGUUCUCUACUCAUGCAAGGCUCUUAUAGAGGACAACAGCCUACUGGCCUGAGUGAGGAUUUCAGGAUUUGGCCAAGUCUUUGUAACACACAUGGAUCAGGAAUGAUUUAUUAUCAGAGCACUAUUAGCUGCUAAGCUGGGUGGUCUUGUGGUGAAGGCCCUAAACUGGGACUCAGGAGAUCUGAUUUCAAUUUCUGGCUCUGCUACAGACUCCUUGUAUGAUCGUAGGUAAGUCACUUCCUCUGUGCUGCCAUGCUCCACCUGUAAAUGGGGAUCAUGAUACUUCUUUGUCUUGUCUAUUUAGACUGUACGCUCACUGGAGCAGCAACUGUCUCUUAUUUACUUAUCUAGCACAAUGGGACCCUGAUCUCAGUAAACCCUAGAUGCUGUUUGUGGUAUGUUUAUUUCAGUGGAAUUCACUGUUUGUUUUACACAA